CACGCCGGACGUACCUCACAACACGCACCAGCCGCGAAAAUUUCGCAAACUACAUACUACAUCGGAAAGUGGAGAUAACGAGAAACACGCAUUCUCUGGCUAGUACGGUAGCGCGUUGAUUUGCGCGGAGGUAGUUUGUCGGAGGACGACGCAGGGUUCUCGUGGAAGCGGCCACUGAGGGCGCGGCAUUCUUGCAAUUGUUGCGCCCGGCUCCAACAGAAUAACCAAUAGGAGCCGCGGCAGCGCCGCCAUUCUAUCGAGUUCGUGGCACGCCCUACAACUUCCUCCAUUGUCCUUCUUUCCGGGAUUCUCUGCGAGGAAGGAUGGCUCAGAACAAUUAUUUUGGGUUUACUCACGGCGGAACGCAAUAUGGAGCGACCAGCGCAGCCGCUUAUCAAACUGGCCAAGCGGGAUACGCAGUAACUCCAGCGGCAACCGCCGCCACGUACACUCAACGACCCGCUGCUGCCGCGGCUACAGGUUACGAAACUUAUCAAGCGGCCGCCGCUGCAGCCGCUACUGGGACCACUUACGCUGCUGCUAAUCCUGGUACUGUGGCUCAAACAUACGAUUACGGUUACGGACGUGCUGCACCUGCAGCUACAUACGACGCUACUAAGACAUAUUAUCAGCAACCGGCAGCAGCUGCUGCUACUUAUACUACAACAGAGACACAUUAUCAGGCUGCAAAACCUGCAUAUAGUACAACCAGUGCUUACACAGGCACAGCGAGACAAGCUACUACUACGGGACAAGCUAAAACGUACCAAGCAUCAAGUACUGCGUAUCAGCAGUCUAAUCCAACACAGAGUGCAACAUACUCUUCAGGAUACACAGCUCCAGCUACUCCUGCUGCUACGCCAUCAACAGCAACGAAUAAAACGGCGAGUACAACGUAUUCCGGCUACGACGCAGCGCUAUAUAGCGCUGCGACUAUGUAUGUAGCCCAACAGAGUGCAAACAGCAAUUCAACUAACCAGAAGACUGGAGGUUGGCAGGGCUACACGCGGAAAGGAUUUGGCGCUGCAGGGGGAGGGAUGAAGGCAAUGCGGCCCAAGCAGCCCCCCAAACCUCAACAGCUUCACUAUUGCGAUGUCUGUAAAAUCAGCUGUGCUGGACCUCAGACAUAUCGUGAACAUUUGGAGGGACAGAAACAUAAGAAGAAGGAGGCUUCUCUGAAGGUACCACAACAACCACCAGCGCGUGGAGCAGGAAACAGUCUACGAUGUGAGCUUUGCGAUGUCACUUGUACUGGAAAUGAUGCGUACGCUGCUCAUAUCAGAGGUGCCAAACAUCAAAAAGUUGUCAAACUACACACUAAACUUGGAAAGCCAAUACCAAGCGCUGAUCCAACUGUUUUGAAUCCAAAACCUGCAGCUACUGCUAAAACUGCUGGGACUAAAAAGCCUACAAUAACAGCUACUCCCAAAAUUAAUUUCGUUGCUUCUGGAAAUUUGGGUACUGUAAAUCAAAAUCAAACUACAGAGAUUAAAGCAGAAGAAGCUGCAGCAGAAGAGACUGUAGAGGAAACAGCUGUUGAUGAGAAAGAUAUACAACCAGUUGGUCAAGAAUAUAUAGAAGAGAAUAAAUCUGAAGAUGGAAAGAUUAUAAGUUUCAAUUGCAAGCUUUGUGAAUGCAGAUUUAAUGAUCCUAAUGCCAAAGACAUGCACAUGAAGGGAAGACGACAUAGAUUUGCUUAUAAGAAGAAGGUUAAUCCGGAUCUAGUUGUCGAUAUGAAACCAAGUCUAAAGCAAAGGAAACUACUAGAAGAAAAAUUGCGCAGACAACAAAUGCGAGAUGAAUAUUUGCGGCGCAGAGAGGAAAUUAAUCAGUUGGGACCAAUGGGCCCAAUGAUGGACGAAGAAAUGAUGUAUUGGGAGGAACGUCGACGAUAUGAAGAAGAAUGCGAGUAUUAUGAAUGGUAUCGACGUUAUGGACGUGGACCAGGAGCUCCUCCAAUGCCACGUCCUUUCCCAGGUCCACCUCCAAUGAUGAUGUUCCCUGGUCCUCAGAGAAGGCCAGAUUCGUCCGACGACAAACAUGUGUUAGCUCAUCAUACAAACAUUUAUCCGAAAGAACAAGAACUGCUGGCAGUUCAGAAAAUAGUAUCAGACACUGAGAAAGCAUUAAAGUUCGUGUCUGAUACUUUGGCAGAAGCCGGUAAAAAGACUGCAACUCCAGUCGCCACGAAUGCUGCACCAACAACUGCAACUACGCCCGUUCAGCAACAGCAACAACAACAACCAAAUGCAGAUACAGUAAAAAUAAAGGAAGAGUCAGAUAAGAAAAAAUCUACAACUCCUCAAAAAGAAGAUGGGAGUGAUGGCAAUUUAUUUUCGUUUCAAAAAGAAAAAGAAGAUUCAAGAAUACUUCGGGGUGUUAUGCGUGUCGGCAAUUUGGCAAAGGGACUCCUUUUGUCUGGUGAUAACCAUGUUUGUCUUGUAGUUCUGUGCGCAGAGAAACCAACACGGACGUUAUUGAUUAAAGUUGCUGAAAUUCUUCCGGCUCAAUUGAAGAUUGUAGCUCCAGAUGAUACUUACAAUGUUGGAAAGCAUCCGGAAUCAGCUGCUUUAACCGUUUCUGGAGGGAGCGUGACUGUCAGCGUAACACUCACCAGUCCUUUAAUGCGUGAAACUCCCAAACCAGCUGUUGCUGCAGAUAAUGCUGGACAGCAGCAACAGGGAGCUGCUCAACCGCAAACAACGCCCGCGGCGCCCGCUGUGACGAAACCAGAUCCACCAGAUGUACUUCCCAAGGCUAAGUGUUUGGAGGCUUUAGCUGCACUCAGGCAUGCCAAGUGGUUUCAGGCUAGAGCUACUUCGCUGCAGAGCUGUGUUAUGGUCAUUCGCAUAAUGCGUGAUCUUUGUAACCGUGUACCCACUUGGGGACCACUAAACCCAUGGGCAUUGGAACUGUUGACUGAGAAAGUGAUUAGCACUGCAGGAGGUCCUCUUAGUCCAGGGGAAGCUCUACGAAGACUUUUGGAAUGUGUAGCUGGAGGAAUAUUGCUUCCAGGAAGUCCAGGAUUAUCUGAUCCAUGUGAGAAGGAACCAGUCGAUGCAAUUGGUAAUAUGACAGCCCAACAAAGAGAAGAUAUAACUGCUUCAGCGCAACAUGCUUUGCGAUUAGUCGCGUUCCGUCAGAUUCAUAAGGUUCUUGGUAUGGAACAGCUUCCUCCACCUAAAUAUAAAGGCCGAUUUGCCAGAAAGCGAAGACGCGACAAUAGUAAUGGAGAAGGAACGGACAGUGAGGCUUCAAAAAAAGAUAAAAAAGCAGAGGAGAUCAAAAUGGAGACAGACUCCAAAUAGAUCUACCAAAAUAUUCGCUUUAUUGAUUUACUCAUAACUUAUAUAGCAUAAGAAACAAAUUUUCCUCGUGUCAAUUGCUUGUUCAAUGAAAUUUGUCUAUAUUGGGAAGAUGUCAAGGUUGAGAUCAAAACUAAUGACCUAUUAUUAUAUUUCGAUAAUUUUUUCGAACGUAGGUAUUUCUUUAGACAACUAAUGGCAUCGUUUUAAUUUACAAUCCCAUAAUUUUAAUGGCCAAAAGGAACGAUUAAACCAAUUAUACCAUUAUAAUACCUUGAUUUUAUCUUAAACGUGCGAUAACGUUAUGAAUUCAUCACCUUCCUACUAGCGUUAAGUCCAAGAUUUGAAGGAGGAAAAUGAUAUAUUGCUUGCAUUUUUGCAAGUAUCUUAAGUCUAAUGUACGAGUUUCGAAUAUAUCGUUUCUCCAAACUUAAUUCAUUUCAGGUUUAUUUUAAAAAAUAUUUCAAUGUUAACUACAACACGUGAAUGUGUUGUUUUUAGAAUUUAUAAGGAAAACAUUUUUGCAAUUAUGUUAGUGUGUAAGAUUCUUUCAUGACGAUUUAAGACCUUUCCCAAACAGGCAAUUGGUACGAUUAGUUCCAGCACUAGAAUUUUGUCAAAGAAAAUGAUGAAUGCGUUAAUUAGUUUGAAUUACUUAUUUAGCUAUAUUUCAAAGUCACAAUAUAUGAUGAAGGAGUUUAAUAGAAAAGGUGGUAAAAGAAGAACAUUUAUAAGUUUUGAAGUUAAGCGUAGGUUAGUUUGUAUUGAGAAUUCGUGUGUAUGUUGUGUGUGUAGUCGUAAAAAUGUGCAGAUCGAUUUCUGCACCAGAUAAGUCGUACGUUCACAUCGCGAAUAUUAAUUCAUGCAGAAGAUUCCAAGAAAGCAGAGUUGCAAGUCGAUUAUUGAAAUAGACGCUUUGCUGUCCAAUGAGGGUUAAGUGCACGUGUCAAGAAUUCCUAAUAUUUGCUGCAGUUUUGUUUAAAAAAACCUCACAGGAAGUUAAAUAAUACUUCAAAAUGUUGGUAUUAAAAUAAAGUUCUGACACAGUGUAUGGAUCUUCUGUUGUACACAUGCAAAUCCUCUUUGAAUAAAUCGAACAUGCAUGCGAUAAAUAUAAGUAUUUUUUUCACUACCAUAUUCCUUUACGUAUCUAGUAUAAGCGAUUUUUCUUUUUUCUCUCUUUUUUUUACAACAAAUCGGUCUAAUACGAGAAAUCCUCAUAGCAUGAAGGCCACACACACAAUAGCACUCAGAUUGUAUGAUUAUGGUUAUUAGGUAAUUUUUUACAUAACGAACACUAAACAUACAAAAGAAGUUACUUUAUUUUUGGAUGGCACCGAGCAGAACUGAGACUGAUAUUGUAUUAAUUUUUAAAUAAACAUAUUAGAAGAUAGUGCGCAGAAUUAAUCAAGAUUUAAUUUAUAUUUGAACUAUGAACACAACAUCAUGUGACAUAACUGAUUCUGUUUGGUGCAACUAGUCUGUUUAAUACAAAUGUUUACUGAUUUAAUCCUAUCAUUUUUCUCAUAAUCUUGUACUUCUUAGAGAGAGUACGAUUAUCUUAAUUCUUUUUUUAUUUUAAAUUGAUACACGCUUAAAAAUCAAUAUAAAGUAAAACAGUAGCCACCUUUUGUUUCCUAUUUUACAGUAUUAAUGAAAAUGUAUUUGUACAUACUUGAGCUACAUGACAUAUUAUAUUCUUAAUUUAUUGUCAUUUCAACCAAAUGUUAAUGUAACAGUAUGCUGUAUGCUUGCAGGUGUUUUACAAAGAAAAUUCGCAAACUUACUUUGCUUAAUCCUUGUAACCUGCAAAAAUAAAUGUGUGUAGAGCCUUGAGGAAUUUUCAAUUUAAAUAUCAUAUAUAUAUUAUUUGCUCAGUAUUAAGAACUGAACAGCAUAUAGUGAAAGUAAGCUGAUUAUUCCGUUAAAAUGAUCCCAUAUGUAUAUACAUACACACACACAUAAAAGUGCAACAUAACAUUUCCGUGCCAUUUUACUUAUUUCUAACAUCCAAUUUGUUACAUGUAAUGAAAUUGUUUGCGUUACUGAAGAUUUUAAAUUUGAUCAAAAACUGUUAAUUCAGUUUCUAGGUUUUAGUACAGUAAAUUUUCAAAAAAUGGUCUAUGAAGUCUGCGAGUUUUCAUUUUAUAUUUUCAUUUAUACUAACAAUUCAUUAUGAAAACUGACAAAUUAUAUAAUUGUGCAGUUGACUAAAG